AUGACUACCUCUCGUUUUCUGGACUCGUUUCCAAAACUCGGUACCCAACACUCAGAGAUCCAGAGAGCUGUCGAAAAAGUGGCUCGGUUUGCUCGCGAUCAGGACGAGAGCGCUGCUCAGGCCGUACAAAAAUCCCAAACGACAUUCGAAGCUCUAUCUACUGAAAAUCAACACGGCUUGAUACAGUACUAUGGAGAAGAUCUCAGUUUCUACCUUGAAAUCGACAUUCCUCCGGACCUGUCGCGUACUGCCUCCCCUAUCAAGGAAUUCCAGGUUUUGCUAUUUGACAUUGAAAAUCUCCACCGUGCACUCGCCCGGGUACGUGGAGUGGAGGCGAACAUUACCAAUGUCUUUUUGGGGCUGCCGUCUAUCCAACGACUGAUGCGAGAAAGUCGGGACGAGGAAUUGCGGUUGUUAGAACUACGCAGCUUGGCCGAGACUCAACUGUGUACGCAAUUCUUUGCCUUGGAUCGGGAACAACAGGAUAUGCUCUGGUUAUGGUAUCAUGAUUCUAUGGGGAUCAGUGGGAUCCAGAGGGAUGACAAUGCGCAACACUCCUACUCGGCUAGGAGCUGA